AUGCCGCCGAGGAGAACAACCCGGUCCGCCGAGACCGCACCGAGAACAUCCACUUCGACACGUUCGACCCGGUCACGAGCGUCGGCUACCGUGCUCUCCCCGGUCCGCUCCGAAGCUUCGCACGGCGGAUUCCCCGGCGAGGACAGCGAGAGCGAGGAGGAUCUUCCGAAGCCGAGCACCGUCGCCAAGAAGAAGGUGCCGGUUUCUCGUGCUCCUUUGAGGCGGAGUACUCGCGCCAGCGGUAACAUCCCCUCGCCCGAGCCGGAGGAGGCCAAGGCGGCGAAGCCGAAGAAGAAGCGGGUGGUCGAGUCGGAUUCUUCGUCGGAGGAGGACCUCGAGGACUAUGUGACUGCUCCCUCUGCGCGAUCGAGGUCAUCCAUUACGCAGACGCCUUCGACGUACCACUCGCUACCGACGCCGCCGCCAGACUCGCUCAGCGAGCGCGCGACGCCCGAGCCCGAAGCGGAGCAUGACAACGAUGAGAACAUGCGCACCCCGCGGGCACCGCAGACUCCGAAGGGGAAGGGGCGCGACGACGGUGACCGCACCGUUCGACGAGGGUCGCCCGAGUCGUCGCCUGACAUCCCCCGCGACUUAUUACCGCCCAAGACGCCCAUCCGCGCUGUCCCGCUUCCCACCGUCGCAACUCCGGCCGCUCCCACUGCAGCCCCGCCGAAGCCUCGACUUGUCAUCCACAAGCUCGUCCUCAACGACUUCAAGUCGUACGCCGGCCGUCAAGAGAUUGGCCCCUUCCACAAGUCUUUCUCUGCCAUUGUCGGCCCCAACGGAAGUGGCAAGAGUAAUACGAUCGACGCGCUCCUGUUCGUGUUCGGUUUCCGUGCCAGCAAGAUGCGUCAGGGCAAGCUCAGCGAGCUGAUCCACAACUCUGCUGGCAAGGAGGGUCUUUCGAACUGUUCCGUCGAGGUGUGGUUCAAGGAGAUUGUGGACCUGCUGGUCGUCAAGCGUACCGCGUUCCGCAACAACUCGUCGACUUACACGAUCAACGACAAGACGAGUACGCACAAGGAGAUCACGACGCUUCUGAAGGGCAAGGGCAUUGACCUUGACCACAACCGUUUCCUGAUUCUCCAGGGUGAGGUCGAGUCGAUCGCCCUCAUGAAGCCCAAGGCGCAGAACGAGCACGAGGACGGUCUUCUCGAGUACUUGGAGGAUAUUAUCGGUACCGCCAAGUACAAGGAAGCCAUCGAGCAGGCGUCCGAGGAGGUCGAGGGUCUGAACGAGGAGCGCGGUGAGAAGAUGAACCGUCUCCGUGUCGUCGAGCGCGAGAAGGCUACGCUCGAAGACAAGAAGCGCGAGGCCGAGGACUACCUCCGCGACACGAACGAGCUCACUCGCAAGAAGUCCCUCCUGUGGCAAUACCACAUGCACACGCUCCAGAGCAACAUCGAGAUCACCACCAAGGCCAUCGACCAGCUCAAUGCUCAGCUCGCCGAGGAGCAAGAGCGCAACGCCCACCAUCUCGCACAGAUUGAGGACCUCCAGAAAGGCUACGACGCCAAGCUCGCAGACUUUGAGGAAGUCAAGCGUCUCACUGACGCACUCGUCAAGGACGCCAAGAAGAUUGAGAAGGAGGAGGUCGGUCUCUCCGAAAAGAAGAAGCAUCUCGUCUCAAAGCAAAAGAAGCUUAAGAAGUCGGUCACUGAGGACGGGCAUGCGAGGUCGGAGGCUCUCGGCACUGUGCAGAACUGCGAGGGUCAGCUGGAGACCAACCGCGCCAAGGUCGCUGACCUCGAGGUCAAGCUUGAGGCUGAGGAGCGGGAGCUUGAGGAGGUUCGCGACAGCCUGAAGGACAAGACCGACGAGUUCACGACCAAGAUCGAGGCGAAGCAGCGCGAGCUCGAGCCUUGGACGGCCAAGAUCAACGAGAAGCAGUCCGCCAUCGACGUCGCCCAGUCAGAGCGCGAUCUGCUUGCGCAAAAGGCGACUGGCGCGCAGGAGGCGCUCGAGGAGGCUCACGCUGCGCUGCAGGCCGUCCGCGAUGGUGAUCAGUCAAAGCAUGAGGAGUAUGCCGCUCUGAAGAAGGAGGCGGCCAAGGCCAAGAAGGAGCUCGCCGAGGCCGAGGAGACGCUCGAGUCGAUGAACGCCAAGUCUGAGAAGCUCCGCGCCAAGGUCUCUGCCUCUCGCCAGAAGACCGACGACGCAAAGGCUUCGCUCGCCGCGGACAAGUCAGAGAACGCCGUCCUUGCCUCGCUCAACAAGCUCAAGGCGCAGGGUCGUAUCAAGGGCUUCCACGGCCGCCUCGGCGACCUCGGUGUCAUUGACGACAAGUACGAUGUCGCCGUCACCACUGCAUGCGGUGCACUCAACAACCUAGUCGUAGACACGGUUGAGCAGGGUCAGGCCUGUAUCGAGCACCUCCGCAAGGGCAACGUCGGUCGUGCUUCCUUCAUGGUGCUCGAGAAGCUCCCCGCGCAUGACCUCAGCCGCAUCGAGACGCCCGAGAACGUACCCCGACUCUUUGACCUGAUCAAGCCCAAGGACCCCCGCUUUGCCCCUGCUUUCUACAAGGGACUCUUCAACACGCUUGUUGCCAAGGACCUCGAGCAGGCUCAGCGUAUCGGUUUUGGCAAGAAGCGCUGGCGAGUUGUCACCCUCGACGGCAAGCUCAUUGACCCCUCUGGAACCAUGUCCGGUGGUGGCAACCGCGUCGCCCGCGGCGGUAUGAGCUCCAAGUUCAAGGCCGACAAGGUCGCUCCCGAAGUCGUGCACCGCUACGAGCAGGAGCUUGCCAUUGCCGAGGGCGACCUUCAGGCCUUCCUGGCUGAGAAGAAGGCUCUUGAGCAGCAAGUCACGCAGCUCCGCAAGCGCAUCCCUGACAUUGAGAUGCAGAUGGAGAAGAUCCAGCUCGACGUCCAGACGGGCUCGAAGCGCAUCGCUGAGGCUGAGAAGCGCAUCGCGGAGCUCACCGCUCAGAGCAAGCCGGACGUUGCCGACCAGAAGCGCAUCGCCACUCUGGACGCUGAGAUCGCCACAAUCACAAAGGAGGUCAACAAGUUGAAGGAGAAGACGGGCGCGAUCAACGAGCAGAUCAAGGAGCUCCAGAACAAGAUUCUCGACGUCGGUGGUGUCCGCCUGCGUGCGAUCCAGAGCAAGUUUACAACGACGAAGGGUCUCCUUGACCUCGCCAACGAGGCUAUUACCAAGGCCGAGGUGAACCAGGCUCAGGCCGAGCGCACCGCGCAAAAGCUCGAGAAGGCGAUCGCCGCGAACAAGGAGAAGCUGGACGAGUGCGACACUGAGAUUGAGGCGGUCGAGGCGGACCUGCAGGCCUGCUCGGCCGACCUGGCUGUGAUCCAGGAGAAAGUCCAGGAGGCCCAGGAAGCGACGACCGAUGUCCAGGAGGCGCUCGCCGAGUCCAAGGCUGCGCUUGACGAGGCGUCCGUCGAGGUCAACGCGUUCCGGAAGCUCGAGGUGGACAUCAAGCAGAAGCUCGAGGACAACAUGCGCCUGCAGAAGGACUCGAAGGACAAGCAUCGCCACUGGGCUAAGCGCCACGACGAGCUCGAGCUGGCGUACAUUGACGAGGACGAUGAGGAUGAAGACGAGGAGAAGACGCCGAGCCCCGAGGGUGAAGACGAGCAGACGCCGAGCCCCGAGGACGACGAGGAGACACCGGCGCCGAAGAAGCACAACUCGAUGGAACUGGUCGAGUACAGUGCGGACGAGCUGCGAGCGGUCGACAAGGACCUGCUGAACGGCGAGAUUGCACAGCUCGAGGAGGAUAUCUCCAAGGCGAAGCCCAACCUGAACGUGCUGAACGAGUACCGACGACGCGAGGCCGAGUUCCUCGACCGUGCUCGGGAUCUCGAGACGGUGACGCAGAACCGCGACGCGGCAAAGCAGCGCUACGACGACCUGCGCAAGGUGCGCCUGGACGAGUUCAUGGCCGGCUUCAGCGCGAUCAGUGCCAAGCUGAAGGAGCUGUACCAGAUGAUCACAAUGGGCGGCAACGCCGAGAUCGAGCUGGUGGACACGAUGGACCCGUUCAGCGAGGGUGUCGUGUUGUCGAUUAUGCCGCCGAAGAAGUCGUGGCGCCCCAUCGCCAACCUGUCCGGAGGCGAGAAGACGCUAGCCUCGCUCGCGCUGGUAUUCGCGCUGCACGUCUUCAAGCCGACGCCGCUGUACUUCAUGGACGAGAUCGACGCGGCUUUGGACUUCAAGAACGUGUCCAUUGUCGCCAACUAUAUCCAGAGCAAGACGCAGGCUGCGCAGUUCAUUGUCAUCUCGCUGCGCAACGACAUGUUUGAGCUCGCGCACCGCCUCGUCGGCAUCUACAAGACGAGCAACUGCACCAAAUCGGUCGCGAUCGACAACAAGGACCUGCGCACACAGGCGCUCCAUGCAUGCGAUACCGAUUGGCGUAAACCUGAGCAGUGA